AUGUGGGUAGCAAUGUUGAGAUUGAAACUAGUCAACCAUCAGGUAAUCAACAAGAGACAGGUCAGUGCUGUCAGGAGCCUAUCCCAUGCUGCAGCUUCCAGGAGCCUAUCCCUUGCUGCAGCUUCCAGCUUCCUCAAGAAAAAUGCUUUGGCCGAAGAGCAGGCUACUAAAAAGAAGAAGAAAGAAAGUGAAACUAAAAAGAAAGUUAAGGGAAAAGGCAAAGGAAAAGGCAAACAAAUAAAAAAACCGACUAAGCCCGUUAAGAGAAGAGUUUUACAAGAUGACAGUUCUGAUGAUGAACAAGAAUGGUACUGUAUCAUAUGUUGUGAUGCCUAUUCUAACUCUGCCACUCGAGAAAAAUGGAUUGAAUGCAGAGAAUGUAAGAACUGGGCCCAUUUGCAAUGUAUUGAAGAUGAAGAAAGUCAAGCAUUUGUAUGUCCUAAUUGUUAUUCUGAUUAG